AUGAACGUUUUUAUUCUCCAGCAAAUUCGCCAGAAGCGAGACCGAGCAAACGCACUGGAAAAUUUCGGUCAGAUUCUCCUGAUGGACAACAUCCCGCAAAAUGUCUACGAGGAUGCGCUCUAUCAGGCUUUUACCACAAAGCGCGGUCGGUCGGAGGAAGUUUUGCGCCGGUGGAACUCCAGACGCCCAGGCGCUCCCACAUCCCCAUCCCGAUCCUCCAGCUGGGGUCGUGAUAAUUUGCCCCAAAUGAUGUCGCAUAUGGUCUGGCACAUUGAAAGCCCCGAAAGCAUCAUUUACCCCAAGCCAAGGUUUUUGCACUGUGCGGCGCCGUCAUUGUGGUUUGCUUUUCGGGAACAUGUCAUAGGGUCAUACUUUCCUCCGGCUGGGAGUGUACCUGUUGAGAACAAGGCACAUCAGCUGGGCGAGCCCCUGUUACAGCUGCGGGCCCGCUCGGCGGAUCCUCCGCGAAGCAGGCAUAAUGAAACAAAUAUUUCCGCCCGAGGGGUGGGCGUAAUCGUUCCUAGUCAGAGUGUUUCCGAAGAAUUAGGUGAGGCGGCAUCAGUCGGUCCACAGAUAACUGUCCUGCUAAGAAGGCGGAGCCGCUUCAAGAAGGUUGGUCGUGUUUUUGCCGACAUUACUGAGCGAGACCUGCAGGAAAUAUUAGCCGCGGCCAAUUUCGUUCCCGACCCCAUUUUUGUAGACUUCGGAUCGCCCCCGCGUCGACAAGGGUCAGACCCCCUGGCGCAUGGUAUCUACUCGUUUCGCGAGCAGCUCUCCGUAAUGGCAAAAACAAGCGUACUAAUAGGAACUCAUGGUGCAGGGUUGAUGCACGUCAUUUUUAUGGAAAAGGAGGGGGUGUUGGUGGAGAUUCAUCCGUUUUACAGACGUAAUUACCACUUCCUCUUUGCCGCACGAAUGAUGGGAAAAACAUACAUGCCGCUGCGGGCUCGCUAUACAGAUUUUUUCUCUGGGGCAGGCGGCGCGUCGUGCGAUGAAGAGAGUGACCAGGUGGUAGUAGACCGACAGACCCUCGAGCAGGUGCUCGAUGCGGCGACCCGGGUUGCGCGAGCUUUUGGGGGGCGGGACGUGUUCUGUGGUCUUGUCUGCUCGCGUUUACAGCUCGCAAUGGCGACCAUGUUGGCACCGGUACAGGCUUCUACGGAAAAGACAAACAGCGACGUGGGGCUUAUCCGCUCCAGAGAAAUAUUUGAAAAGUUCCCCUGCCCAAACGCGAUUCCCGACACCCAUGCGCUGAAGCAAGCCGACGCACGUUACAGCGGUCUUUCUGGACAACGUUUGGGACGAUCCGCCAACAGCCUCGGCUGGUUGAACUCUACAACGAUAGCGGCAAUGCGCACGCGGCGCGCGCGUGAACAGGUGACCGCGCACAGCCUUUUCGAGCAUGGCAGCGGCCAGCAGAUGAUGGCAGAAGGACUUACGAGCACGCCGUGGCAGGCCCGGUUGAAUUCCGACGCAUCUAGCGCCCGUCCAUCAGAGUUUCGCACCGACAAAGAGCCUCCCAACAUGUCGGGCACUUUUUUCCAAACUUCGCGCAUCGAAGCAGCUUGCCAGGAGGAAGCCCAGGUCGGACCGCCCAGCGGAGCGGGAGUCAAUCGCGUCAGCGCUUCACAGUUGCGCGCCUCUCGCUCUGGAAUGAAAAUCGACAGCGACGCCUAGACCCAUCCUCAGCGACGUCGCCAAAGCAAAGAAGGGCUGGAGCGUUGCUCGCUUCGACUCGCAAAGCUACAAACUGUCGCCCAUCCGAUCGCAUCAGGCAACUAGUGAACAAGCUUCGAGGCGAGGCCGCUUUGGCUAAAAGCAGCGCCAGCCCCUCCUGCAACUUCAAAGCAAAAGCCCGCGGAGUACGUGGCAGCUUCAGUCUCUCCUUUUCUGGUGCUGGGCUGCUUUUCUUCCCCAGGCGAAGCCUUGGUUGGAGACAUGGAUGGGAAGACGUGGCCCAUGGCAGGCCACUCACUCGCAUCUGCAGACGUUGCCCUCUCACUGUCAACACUUCGUCGAACUCAUGUGCCCGCGCAUGCGGAGCAGUGGCUGGUGUGCCACAAUACAGCCACGGCCAACGGGUUCUCGUCUCUAGUCAAGAAAAAGGCGCGCUUCUGCUUCAGCGUCUCAUCUUCAAGCAUUGCGUUGCCUGUUUCUCACAACCACAGGCAACGAAAUAACCGCACAGCCUUGCUUGCCUCUGCUUAUGUGUCUGCCCUCAAUUCAGUCUUCUCCGCUGGUAGUUACUCCGUUCGAUGAAGUUUUUCGUCGCUCUACGCGUGACGCCAUGGUCCGACCUUAUCUACCACAAGUUGCUCGCCCGCAGC